AGGGGGUUUUCUUUAAUGCCAGCAAAGAGCAGCAAAGAGUACCAAAUAAAACACAGACAAUCCGUUUCCAAUGUAAUGUAGCUUCAAAAUUGAAUUCAUGUAUGCGUAUACGGCUGAUAAAAGUUUUACAUAUAGUUCCUCCAAAUUCCAUUAAGCAAAUAAAAAAUUAUUUUAAUAUUUAACAAGACUACCGCAUUCACAUUAAGACACAAUGAACAACAACUGUAUUGAGAAAAGAAGAUGCACAUAAAGCUCAUAAGACACGAUAUACGUGCAUGUUAAAAUUUAAAAAAUAAAUAUAAAUAAUUAAAAUAAAUUAUAUAGGAAAAAAUUAAAGUGUUCAAAUUAUAUUAGCAAAAUAUAUACGAAAUAAUGUAAGAACCAGGCUAUAGAAAAAUAUUAAAAUGGAAUCAAUAAUUUUUACAACAUUUGAGAUGGGAUCAUAAGAUGUUGUUUUUUAGUACAAGAAAAUACCUUUACGUACCAAAAUCCUGCUUGUAUGGAUUCAUUUCAAUCAAAAGAAAUUAUUACAUCCAGACUGCUUCAUAAUUUUACAACUACGUUGAUAGAUCAAAUAAGACUUUUUGAUGAGAGUUCCUUGUUUUCAUCUAGUACAACCACACAAAAUAAAAGUUAUUUAGAUGAGUUGCCAAAGUUUACUGAAACGGAUUUAAAUAAUAAUUUUAGCAAUAAUUAUAAUAAUAACGUUGAUGUAAACUAUACAAUAUUAACAACGGAAUCCGAUCAAACUGACGAAACUAAUCUCUCUCCUUUUCAAACCGUAACUGUUAGUAUUAUUUUAUUGUUAAUUAUUUUAGGCACGGUUAUUGGUAAUGUACUUGUAUGUGUGGCUGUAUGUCUUGUUAGAAAAUUAAGAAGACCGUGCAAUUAUCUUUUAGUAUCUUUAGCUGUAUCAGAUUUAUGUGUUGCUGUUCUAGUUAUGCCAACUGCUCUUCUAUAUGAAGUUCUUAGAAAAUGGAAUUUCGGACAAUUAUUUUGUGAUAUUUGGGUUUCAUUUGAUGUUUUAUGUUGUACAGCUUCAAUAUUAAAUUUAUGUGCUAUAUCAGUUGAUCGAUAUUGGGCAAUUACAAAACCAUUGGAAUAUGGUGUUAAAAGAACACCAAGACGUAUGAUGAUAUGUGUUGGUUUAGUAUGGUUAGCAGCUGCAUGUAUAUCAUUACCACCAUUAUUAAUACUUGGAAAUGAACAUGUUGGUGAAAAUGGUGAACCAAUAUGUACUGUUUGUCAAAAUUUUGGUUAUCAAAUAUAUGCAACAUUAGGUUCAUUUUAUAUACCAUUAACAGUUAUGUUAUUUGUAUACUAUCAAAUAUUUAAGGCAGCUAGAAGAAUUGUUAUGGAAGAAAAAAGAGCUCAAACACGUUUAGAAAAUGCAUUAAAUGGUACAACAGCUGAAAAAGUAGAAAUAAAUGAAAAUAUAAGAUGUGGAGAUAAUUAUCGUAAUACAUCAACAACAACAACAACAACAACAAAUAUUACACAACCAUCACAAAUAGGUAAUUCUGGUAGUGGAGCAGCUAAUUUAUUAAGUUCACCACAUCAAAAAAAAUUAAGGUUUCAAUUAGCUAAAGAAAGGAAAGCAUCAACAACCUUAGGUAUUAUAAUGUCAGCAUUUACGGUUUGCUGGCUACCAUUUUUUAUAUUAGCUCUAAUAAGACCAUUUGUCGAAAGAGAAAAUUAUCAUGUUCCAGAAGCUUUAUCAUCAUUAUUUUUAUGGUUGGGUUAUGCUAAUUCUCUAUUAAAUCCAAUCAUAUAUGCAACAUUAAAUAGAGAUUUCCGUAAACCGUUCCAAGAGAUAUUAUACUUCCGUUGUUCAAAUUUAAAUAUUAUGAUGAGAGAAGAUUUUUAUCAUAGUCAAUAUGGUGAGCCACCAUCACAACGUGUUGUUUUGGGAGCAGAAGGUCAAGGAGCACGGGAAAGUUUUCUUUGAAUAUAGUAAUAAUAUUUAAUAAAAAAAAAAAAAUACUAGUAUAAAUAUAUAUGUAUAACAUUAUAAAUAUGUAUAAACUAAAAUAUAGCAUAAUAUAAAUUUAUUUAUAAACAUAUAUAUAUAUAUAUAUAUACCUACUACUUGCAUAUAUAUAUAUACAUGUAUAAUUAUAUAGAUAUUAUUGUAGACAAGAAAAUAAAAAAUAAUUAUUUUUAAAAAGAAAAAAAAAAAACAAAAAUCUGCAUGUAACAAUAGUUAAGGAUAUUAGAAGAAAAAAAAGAACAAAAAUAAAACUUACAAAAUAACUAGAUGAUAUUAAAGGAUUAAAAGAAAAACCAAAUGUCUUUUUUAUAAAAACAAAACAUACUUACAUACUUGCUUUAUAAUUAAAAUUUUAUUUUAAAUAUGUAAAAGAAAAUGAAAGUUUCUUACACAUACGCACGUAUGUAUACGAUGACUUUCACCAAAAACUUAGAGCCUAGUAUUAAAAAUACAGACUUACAUAUUAAUAGCUAUGUAUUCAAUAAGUCACAAAAUUAAAUUUAGUUUACCAUAAAUUCAAAA